AUGAAAGGGAUGGCCGGAAAACUCAGAAAGGCAGAGAAUAUCGGGAACAGCCGAAAGACCAGGAAGGGCGAAAAGACCAGGAAGGGCGGAAAAGGCGGAAAGGGCACGAAGGGCAAAGAAGUAGGGCACGAAGGGAUGGGGAAUGCCGGAGAGAUGAAGAUGAUGUGUCCUUGGACCGAGCGCGAGGAGAACAUGGCUGUUGACAAGUUUAUCGAGAUCCUCAGCAAUUAUGUACGAGAGCAGGUGGAGGCUUCCCUCGACUUUAGCUACUUGACUUGA